AUGGAAGGCGUGGUAUCAGUGUUUCCAAAUGAGAUCAUGCAGCUCCAUACCACAAGGUCGUGGGAUUUCAUUGGGUUCCCUCAGGACGUGAAGAGAAAAGCCGUUGAAACUAACAUUACAAUAGCGGUGCUUGAUACCGGAAUUUGGCCUGAAUCUCCGAGCUUUAAUGACUCAGGAUAUGGUCCACCUCCAAAGAAAUUCAAAGGCAUUUGCGAAACAUCCAAAAAUUUCACUUGCAAUAACAAAAUAAUUGGAGCAAAACACUAUCACACAAGUUCUCAUCAGGUACGUGGUAAGAGCCCAAUUUCGGAGACACCAAGAGAUACAAUGGGGCAUGGAUCACACACGGCAUCGACAGCUGCCGGCGAAACAGUGAUCAAGGCAAGCUUGUAUGGCUUAGGGGCCGGGACGGCUCGAGGAGGAGUACCUUCAGCUAGAAUAGCUGUUUACAAAGUGUGCUGGUCAUAUGGUUGCUCUUAUGGAGACAUACUUGCAGCAUUCGACGAUGCAGCCGCCGAUGGCGUCGACAUCAUAUCAAUCUCUAUCGGGCCCUGGUUUCAUCGAGACUACUUCAAAGAUUCCAUCGCCAUUGGAGCAUUCCACGCCAUGAAACACGGCAUCUUGACAUCAAUCUCGGCAGGGAAUUUUGGGCCAUCUCCCCGGUCGAUCAACAAUUUCUCCCCCUGGUACCUUUCUGUGGGAGCUAAUGUUAUAGAUCGGAAAUUUGUGGCAGACGUGGUAUUGGGAAAUAACAAAACUUACCAGGGAGUUUCUGUAAACACAUUCAACCUCAGUGAAUUUAUCCCAAUUGUUUACGCUGGGGAUGUCCCUGCAAUCGGUUCUAACUCAUCGAACUCCAGGUACUGCGAUGAGGGCACAUUGUACAAAGCUAAAGUAAAUGGGACGAUCGUGUUAUGCGACCUUAAGUUUGAUAACACAGCAGUCAUAGUUUUAGAAGCUGGUGGAGCUGGUGUUGUAAUGGCAGAUCGAAAUUACAAGGACAUCGCCGCCACCCAGGUUUUACCUGCAACUUAUGUGGAUAGGGAUUAUGGCACCAAGAUUCAUGGUUACAUAAAUACCACAAGGAACCCGACUGAUUGGAUCAAAAAGAGUAUGGAAAUUAUUGACAAAGACGCACCAUAUGUUGUUUCAUUUUCAUCCAGAGGACCAAGCCCCAUUACCCCUGACAUUCUUAAGCCGGAUUUAACCGCACCGGGAGUGGACAUUUUAGCUGCAUGGUCCAAGGCAACCACAGUGACAAGAAAAGAAGGCGAUACCAGAGUUGUUCCUUAUAACAUAAUUUCAGGAACAUCAAUGUCGUGUCCGCAUGCGACCGGUGCAGCUGCUUAUGUUAAAUCUUUUCAUCCUACUUGGUCACCUGCUGCAAUCAAAUCUGCCCUCAUGACUACUGCUACUGUGAUGGCACCGAAAAAGAACAAAGAUGCUGAGUUUGCCUACGGAUCAGGGCAGAUAAAUCCUGUCAAAGCCGUUGAUCCAGGACUAGUAUAUGAUAUGAAGGAGGCUGAUUAUGUGAGUUUCUUAUGCGUAUGGGAUCUUAACUACCCUUCAUUCGCGCUUUCUGCAAAAUCAGGCCAGACUAUUACUCGGGUUUUCCACAGAACAGUGACAAAUGUUGGUAAUCCUGAAUCAACUUAUAAGGCUAAGGUUAAAGCUCCGUCUCAGAUGAAAGUCCAAGUCAAGCCAUCUACUCUUUCCUUCGAUUCGAAAGGUCAGAAGAAGUCUUUUACAUUGAAAGUGUCUGCAACAAUUCCAAAGACUCUGAUAUCAGGCUCUCUGGUGUGGGAGGAUGGUGUUCAUCAAGACAACAAAAGGGCGGCAGAUUCCCUACUCUACAGCUAUAAGAGAAGCUUCAAUGGUUUUCUUGCAAGGAUGACCGAUUUUGAGAAGGAAAGAAUAGCCAGCAUGGAAGGUGUAGUAUCAGUGUUUCGAAAUGGUAUCAGACAACUCCUAACCACAAGGUCGUGGGAUUUCAUCGGCUUUCCUCAGAAUGCUAAGAGAACCACCGUGGAAAGUGACAUUAUAGUAGCAAUGCUUGAUACAGGGAUUUGGCCAGAAUCUAAGAGUUUUAGUGACUCUGGAUAUGGUCCUCCUCCAAAGAAAUUUAAAGGCACCUGCGAAAAAUCCAAAAAUUUUACCUGCAAUAACAAAAUAAUUGGAGCAAAGCACUAUUUCACAAAUGGUCAAGUACAUGAAGGAGACGUUUACACGCCUAGAGAUACAGAAGGUCAUGGAUCACAUACUGCAUCAACAGCGGCUGGUGUAGUAGUAAGUAAGGCAAGCUUGUAUGGCUUGGGAGAAGGGACAGCUCGAGGAGGGGUACCCUCGGCGAGGAUAGCUGUGUAUAAAAUCUGUUGGGCUGCUGGUUGCUAUAAUGCAGAUAUCCUUGCAGCAUUUGAUGAUGCAAUUGCUGAUGGGGUAGACAUCAUAUCCCUCUCUGUGGGAGGCUUUCCCGAAAACUACUUUGAAGAUGUCAUUGCGAUUGGAGCAUUCCACUCCAUGAAGCAUGGCAUAUUGACUUCAAAUUCUGCUGGAAAUUCAGGGCCAUUUGCCUCAUCAGUCACAAAUAUCGCCCCUUGGUCCCUCACGGUGGCAGCUAGUGUUAUAGAUCGGAAGUUUGUGGCAGAUGUCAUAUUGGGGAACAAAAAGACAUAUCGGGGAGUUUCUGUGAAUACUUUCAACCUCCCUGAAUUUUAUCCUCUUGUUUAUGGAGGUGAUGUCCCGAAUGUUGCAGCUGGUUUUGAUUCAUCCGAGUCCAGGUACUGCAUAUAUGACUCAUUGGACAAGACUAAAGUCAAUGGAACAAUUGUGUUGUGUGAUGAAUUGAUGGAUGGAACAACAGUUUUAAGUGCUGGUGGUGUUGGUACUAUAAUGCAAGAUGCAGGAAACAAGGAUUACGCCUUCUCUUUCCCCUUGUCCGCAACUUAUCUAGGUACAGAAGAUGGCAGUAAAGUUGAUAGUUACAUAAACACCACAAGCAAGCCAACUGCACUAAUUCAAAAGAGCAUAGAAAUUAAAGACAAAGCAGCACCAUAUGUGGUUUCAUUUUCAUCAAGAGGACCAAAUCCCAUUACGGCUGACAUUCUCAAGCCGGACUUAACGGCACCCGGAGUUGACAUUAUAGCGGCAUGGUCUGAAGCAACAACAGUGACAGGAUUGCAAGGGGAUACAAGAGUUGUUCCAUAUAACAUAAUUUCUGGGACAUCAAUGUCGUGUCCACAUGCAACCGGCGCAGCUGCUUACAUUAAAUCUUUUCAUCCUACCUGGUCACCUGCUGCAAUCAAAUCUUCCCUCAUGACUACUGCUACUCUGUUGACUCCAAAAAUCAACAAAGAGGCGGAAUUUGCUUACGGAUCGGGCCAAAUAAACCCCAUCAAAGCAGUUAAGCCUGGUUUAGUGUAUGAUUCAGGGGAGGCUGAUUAUGUGAGCUUCUUAUGCGGUCAAGGCUAUAACACCACAACUUUGAGAUUAGUGACUGGUGACAACACUACUUCUUGCACCAAAACGAACAACGCAACAGUUUGGGAUCUCAACUACCCUUCCUUCACACUUUCUGCAAAAUCAGGUCAAAUUACUCGGGUUUUCCACAGGACAGUGACAAAUGUUGGCACUCCAGUAUCAACUUAUACAGCAAAGAUUUCUGCUCCGCCUGGACUCAAAAUUGAAGUCAAGCCCUCAGUUCUUUCGUUCAAAUCACUGGGGCAGAAGAAGUCCUUCACAGUGCAAGUUACAGCAACAAUUCCCAAGACUUUGAUAUCAGGCUCUUUAGUAUGGGAUGAUGGUGUUCAUCAUGUCAGAAGUCCAAUUAGUACGGCCGAGAAGAAAAAUGACAAUUUGGCUCCCAUGGCCAAUGUAGUAGUUUCCAUACCACGGCUUCUCUUGUUGGCCCUGGCAACCAUUUUAUCAGCUAGUUGGACUGUUGCACAGCAAAAUGACCAUCAAAAGGCAGGCUACAUUACAAUAUUCAUUUCAUUAUGCAAAUAUAUGUAUUUCGUCAUUCGUUUUAGGCUACAUUACAAUACUAAUUUCAUUAUGCAAAUAAUUGAUAAUUUCAUCAUUCGUUUUACUUCAUCGUUUGAAGGAAUGAAUGCCAUAGCAAUUGACAAAUGCUUCUCGGCGUCAUCGUUUCAUUCAAACAUAUUACAAGCAGCAAUUGGCGGCGGUUACAAGAGAAGCUUCAACGGUUUUCUUGCAAAGUUGACAGAUGCAGAGAAGGAAAGACUAUCCAGCAUGGAAGGUGUGGUAUCAGUAUUUCCAAAUGAGAUAAGACAACUCCACACCACAAGGUCGUGGGAUUUCAUCGGCUUUCCUCAGAAUGUCAAAAGAACAACAGUGGAAAGUGAUAUCAUUGUAGGAAUGCUUGACAGUGGGAUUUGGCCAGAAUCUAAGAGUUUCAAUGAUUCAGGAUAUGGUCCUCCCCCAAGUAAAUGGAAAGGAAGUUGUGAAACAUCCUCAAAUUUCACUUGCAAUAACAAAAUAAUUGGAGCAAAACACUACCUUGCAAACGGUGAAACAGGUCCAGGGGAUAUUUUGUCGCCUAGAGACACCGCGGGCCACGGAUCGCAUACAGCAUCAACGGCUGCCGGUGUAGUUGUCACCGAGGCAAGCAUGUUUGGCCUGGGGGCCGGGACAGCGCGAGGAGGGGUACCUUCUGCGAGGAUAGCUGUGUACAAAAUCUGCUGGGCUGUUGGUUGCUUCGAUGCAGAUAUCCUCGCGGCGUUCGACGAUGCAAUAGCCGAUGGUGUAGACAUCAUAUCGCUUUCGGUUGGAGGCUCAUUCCCUGAAGACUACUUUGAAAACUCCAUCGCGAUCGGAGCAUUCCAUGCCAUGAAAAAUGGAAUCUUGACUUCGAAUUCAGCAGGAAAUAGAGGACCAGGUGCCGGGACAAUCACGAAUUUCUCACCUUGGUCCCUCUCGGUUGCAGCUAGUGUUAUAGACAGGAAGUUUGUGACAGACGUGACAUUGGGAAAUAAAAAGACCUUUCAGGGAGUCUCAGUAAAUACCUUCAAUCCCAACAAAUUCUUUCCCCUGGUAUAUGGUGGGGAUGUCCCUAAUGUUUCAGCAGGCUUUGGUUCAGAGGAUUCCAGGUUCUGCUCAGAAGGCACAUUGGACAAAUCUAAAGUCAAAGGAAAGAUUGUGUUAUGCGACGCUCUGAUUGAUGGGUCUGGAAUUUUAGGUGCUGGUGGGAUUGGAGCUAUAAUGCAAGAUGGAGGCGUCAAGGAUAUGGCCUUCCUUUUCCCAAUAUCUACCACUUAUUUGGGUACAGAUGAUGGUACUGAAGUUGCUACUUACAUCAAUACUACGAGCAAUCCAACUGCAAACAUCGAAAAGAGUACGGAAAUUAUAGACGAGACCGGGACUCCGUUUGUUGUUUCAUUUUCAUCAAGAGGACCAAAUCCCAUAACGGUUGACAUUCUCAAGCCGGACUUGAGUGCACCUGGAGUUGACAUUUUAGCAGCAUGGUCUGAGUUGGGUCCUCCGACGGAAAUCGACGGCGAUAACAGAGUGGUUCCAUACAACAUCAUAUCGGGAACAUCAAUGGCGUGUCCGCAUGCCACCGGAGCAGCUGCCUACGUUAAAUCCUUCAAUCCUACUUGGUCACCUGCCGCCAUCAAAUCAGCCCUCAUGACUACUGCAACUAUGAUGACAGCAAAGACCAACACAGAUGCAGAGUUCGCUUACGGAUCGGGUCAAAUCAACCCCAUCAAAGCUGUUAAUCCUGGUUUAGUGUAUGAUUUGGGAGAAGCCGAUUACGUGAGCUUCUUAUGCGGUCAAGGCUAUAACACCACACUUUUGAGAGUAAUUACUGGAGACAACACCAGUUCUUGCACCAAUAAUGCCAUUCAAGUUUGGGAUCUCAAUUACCCUUCUUUUACAGUUUCUGCAAAAUCAGGGGAAAUUACUCGGGUUUUUCACAGGACAGUGACAAAUGUGGGUAGUCCAGUUUCGAUUUAUACUGCUAAGAUUACGGUUCCAUCCCAAAUGAAAGUUGUGGUCAAACCAACAACACUUUCCUUCAAAUCAUUGGGACAGAAGCAGUCUUUCACGGUGACCGUGACGUCAAGUAUUCCAGAGACUUUGAUAUCGGGAUCUUUGGUUUGGGAUGAUGGAGUUCAUCAAGUUAGAAGCCCCAUUGUUGCACAUACUUUUGCACCUUGA